UCUCCCAACGUUUAUCUGAAUCAUGACUUACUUAAUGAUGCUGCAUCCAUUCUUCAGUCAAGUUCAAACAUUCUAGUCCUGUCUUUUUGUUUUCUGUGAGAGGAGGGAAGAAGGAAAACCAAGUUCCCGCAUGUAGUAUUGCUAUCGUUCUUGUCGCAGUGAAGUGUCCUCAAGAAUUUGGAGAAAUUGGAAAAAUAACAAAAGAAAAGGAAGAUGGUGUAAAGUAGGAUGUGGAUUGACUUUUAAAAUUGGUCAAGAUUCCCAUGAAAGAAACGAUGAUUUCCCUGAGGGAAGAAUCUCUAAUUUCAAAUUCACGAAGUGGAGGACCAACAUCUGCAACAUGGUGGUACCUUAGUGCUGAAUUUAUUGUUGGCCUCUCGAUAUCUGGCCUUCUGACAAUUCUCGGAGUCAUAAAAUCAUUGCUUCCAAAACCACCGAAAGAUAUAACUGGUGAAAUUGUUGUGAUAACGGGAGUUACUUCUGCCCUAGGAAGAAACUUAGCUGAGGAAUUUGCAAAAAACGGUUGCCAAGUGAUCUGUGUCGAUUACAAUUUAAAAGCUGCACGAAAAAUUUCAUCUGAUCUGAGAUUAAAGUAUCCAACAGUGGAGAAAGUUGGUGCAGAGUAUCGCAAGGACGGGUUUAGCGAACAAAUGCAGAAACGUACAACUUUUGCAUACGAAUGUAAUCUUGAGAAUAGAAACGAAAUUAGUAAUGUCGCUAAGAAAGUAAAGGACGAGUUUGGAGGUGUCAAUAUUCUAAUUACCUGUAAUGGAGAUUCAUGCCAGGAUAUUUAUGACACCAUCACUAGAACUCUUAUGAGUCAUUACUGGACAGUGAUGGCUUUUCUUCCUUGGAUGUUGCAUAAAGGAAGGGCACACAUUGUUGGAGUGAUGCCAUCUUUGUCAACCGAAGAUGCAUACAUAAGUUCAAAAGCAGCAAUUGCUGGUUUAAUGGAAAGCUUAGGCCAAGUUUGCAAAGAAAAUAAACAACUUACUUUUAUUACUGUGGCCCCUAAAAAACGACUAAGAUUUUUUAAACAGAAUGAUGAACAAAUUGCUGCAGAUGUGGUUGAAGCUAUUAAAAGAGAUCAAUUAUCUUUAUCAAGAAGUCGAUAUUUUGAAACAUUUUAUACAGUAAGUUAUAAAUUAUACAGAGGAAUAACUUUCAUUACUCAGUGGUUGGACACCUGAAUUUAUUUAAAAAUAAGUGUAAGUUCACUAUAAAAUAUUUCUAGGCAAUAUUGUUGAGCCAUAUAUAUUUUUCAAGCCAAAUAAGGUAGAUGAGAUUUUUAAGAUAGACUGUUCCUCAUUAAAUUACUUAUUUUAAUAAUUGAUGGAUCUAUUUAUAACAUUUUUUCAAUAGUAAACAUAUUAUUUGUGUUCAUGUAAUUUUUAAACUUCACAAU